AUGGAGGAAGCGAAAGUGGAGGAUCUUAUAGUACCAGGAGAUUGUAGAUGGGAUGAGGAAACUAUCAGAAUAAUUUUCUCUGAACGAGAUUCCAACUUAAUUAUGAGCAUCCCCCUACCAAAGCAACAGAUGCGUGAUCAGAGGAAUGACAAGUGCUGGAAUAACUCAACUAUCAUGCACCAUCAACAACUCAUUAGGAAAGCACAUAAUUUCUUAAUCUCAUGGAGAGAGGCUACUGCUUUUCAGAAUUUGGCCAAUCAGGUGCAACCUACUAUGAAUCACAAGUGGAUAAAACCUCAAGCUGGAAUGCUCAAAAUGAAUGUUGACGCAGCAAUCAAUAAGCAUGAUGCAACAAUGGGGCUGGGCAGUGUUAUAAGAGAUGAGGAUGGUAACUUUGUUGCAGCAAGGGGAGCUCAGUGGAGAGGUAUUUUUACACCAAGGGAGGCCAAAGCGGUGGCUAUACGUGAAGCGCUUAGUUGGAUAAAAUCUCACAACAUGGAUAACGUUAAUGUGGAAACUGACUCCCUACAGGUUGUUCAAUGCUUGAAUUCCAAGGGUGGGGUGUCUUCAUUUCAUUUGAUUGUUGAGGAUAUCAAACAUCUAUUGCAUAAUUUCUGUAAUGUGUUUCUUUCUUUCACUAAAAGAUCAGCGAAUCAGGUUGCCCAUGUACUAGCUAGGCAGUCUUGUUCUUUGUCUGAUUACUCGGAGUGGUUUCAUACCCCUCCUCCUAUCAUUUGUAAUCUGUUAGUUUCUGAUUUAUGUUAA